UUCUAUGACCAUAAAGUUCCAACAUAGAAUUUCUGAAAAUCAGUUAGAGAGGUAAUGGAGAUCCUACGAUGUGGUUCUCAAACUGAAUGAAUAACCCAAGAAACCUGCUUCUCUGUUUCUCCCUCUUUGACUUUCCCUGCAAAAACCAAAAAACACCUGAAAGACACAUAACAUAAGGAGAGGAAAUUUUAGCAGAAAAGGAAGGCUUUGAAAAUGGGAACUACAAAGCCAUUCAAAGAGAUAUCCCUUUCCCUCAACAAGAGAAUUCUUAAUUGGGCUAUCUACUUACUGCUUCCUAUAGCUUUGCUUUGUUUAUACUUUUACCAUAUACCCUUUUCUCCAUCUCCAGAAACUGAGCUUCCUCAUUCCAGCCCCAUCAAUAUUUCUGCUUCUUCUGCAGAAAAGGAAAAAGCUUAUGAAUGUGACUACUCUAAUGGAGAAUGGGUCCGUGACACCAGAGGCCCUUUGUACAAUGAUACAACCUGUGGUGGAAUCAAAGAAGGCCGAAACUGCAUCAUUCAUGGCAGGCCUGACUUGGACUAUCUUUAUUGGAGAUGGAAACCAAAUCAAUGCAAUCUUCCAAGGUUUGAACCUCAUACUUUUCUACAACUCGUUGAGAACAAGCAUGUAGCUUUUGUUGGGGAUUCUAUGGCCAGGAACCAAUUAGAGUCCCUCCUUUGCAUGUUAGCCACUGCUUCAACUCCUAACCUUGUCUACCAAAAUGGCAAGGACAACCAAUUUCGCAGGUGGCACUUUCCUUCUUACAAUGCAAGCAUUUCCUUGUAUUGGUCCCCUUUUCUUGUGCAAGGUGAUGAGAAAUCAAAUACAAGGCCUAAUAAUAAGCUGUAUUUGGAUCAUGCUGAUAAGAGGUGGACAAGGGAUAUGGAUCAAAUGGACAUGAUUGUGCUUUCAUUUGGUCAUUGGUUUUUGCUUCCAGCAGUAUACUAUGAGGGUGAUUCAGUAUUGGGUUGUCAUUACUGUCCUGGUCUUAAUCACACUGAGAUUGGGUUUUAUGAUGUGUUAAGAAAGGCUUUAAGGACUACCCUUAAUAGCAUAAUUGAUAGGAGAGGAGGUAAAGGCAAUGGAAUUGAUGUAAUUGUGACGACAUUUACACCGCAUCAUUUUGAAGGUGAUUGGGAUAAGACUGGUGCUUGUCCAAAGACUAAGCCUUAUAGAAAUGAGGAGAAGCAACUUGAAGGAAUGGAUGCUGAGAUGAGAAAGGUUGAGAUAGAAGAAUUGGAAGAUGCCAAGGCAAAAGCCAGUGAAACUGGAAGGUUUAGGUUGGAGGCAUUGGAUGUAAGCAAAUUAGCAUUAUUGAGACCAGAUGGCCACCCGGGUCCUUAUAUGUAUCCUUUUCCAUUUGCUAACGGGGUUCGAGAACGUGUGCAGAAUGAUUGUGUUCAUUGGUGCUUGCCAGGGCCUAUAGACACAUGGAAUGAAAUUUUUCUGGAGAUUGUGAAGAAGUGGGAGAAAUAUUCAAAGAGUGAAGACUGAUGUGUUUCUCAUUUGUUGUUAAUUUGUUAUACUUUAAUGUUUCCGCCUUAGGUGAUGGAUAGUGCCUUUGCGAAAGUUUCAUACUAAUUUUAAAUCCCGAAUCUCUUGUCUAUUUUGUAGCGAUGUAUCCUGCACGCAAUUUGGAAGAGAUUUUAUCCUAGAUUAAU